CAACUUUUCUGAGAAGAGACCAUUUUGUGUUAGAGGAAGCAGUAUCUCUCCUGGAAGUCCUAACAACGUAGUUCUACAUUUACAAAAACAGCUCUUAAACAGAAGAAACUGGGCAUUAGGCGAGGAAUUACUGGAUCCAGUGGAGGUGGGCGCAUGCAGGAAAUACAUGGCUGGUUCAUUGACGAUACUGCUAUGAACGUUCUCUAGCUGCCCGGAGGAGAAAACUUACAAUGGAUUUGCGAAACGUUCCUUACCGUUCAGACGUGGUUACGUGGAACCCAGAUGAAUUAGCAGACUAUUUUAGGAUGUUAAAGUAUAAGGACUGUGAGAAAGUCGUGAGGAAGCACAGCAUAAAUGGACAAAGGUUUUUGAACAUGUCUGAAAAUGAUAUUCAGAAAUUUCCCAAACUCAGAGUGCCGAUUGUAAGUAAAUUAAGUCAAGAAAUAAACAGAAAUGAAGGGAGGCUAUCUUUCUUACCAAAAUGGGCUCAAACACAAAAAUGUCCUGAAAAUCCAGCAGCUCUGCCCCCUGCCUCUAUUCCUAGCAGCACCAUACAUCAGAGAGGAUACAGUCAAGAAGACGAUGACUGGUCUUCAUUUGAUGAAGAUGAUGACUAUGAAAGCCCCGAUGAUGACCAGGAAAAGGAAGAGGCUGACUAUGAAUCACCAACAGAAGAACCUGAGGAAGCAGAACAUGACAGUGAUGGCUAUGAGCCACCUCCAUCCAAUAAUGAUGAAGCACACCACAAUGUCAUAUUUCCUGCCAAGUCACUUACAAACAACACAGAUUAUAUAGACAGACCUCCAACAACAAGAUCUUCACAUCAGCAGCCUCCAGUGCCACCUCAGCGACCUGGCCCAUCCCCAGUACCAGCCUCAUUUGGGGGAAGAGGUGCUUCUCUGCCAGCUUUUCCUCCUCCACCAAGCAACGAUUUGAGUAGAGAGAGAAAUACCAAGCCUUUGAAACCCCCAGCUCCUUCUAUAGACAGAAGCACAAAACCCCCACUGGAUCGCCUUGCUCCACCAUUUGAAAGAGAAAGCCCAGUAUCAGGGAGGAAGCCAGGCUUUCCUGAAAAGCCUCUGACUUCACAGCUAAGAUCCCUGGGGGAACAGCUUGCAAUGAUGCCGAAACCUCCUGUCCCACCAAGUGACAGAUAUGAAAGAGGCAAUCCACCUCCUUUACGGAAGCAAACCCCUCUAAAGCAAGGUUGGCCACCUCACAAAAAAUGUGAAGAAGAAGAAGACGCUGCACCCCAAAGACCAGUGCCACAGAUAUCUUUGCCCCCAUACAGCUCCAAUACAUUCCCAUGCAAAUCUGUCAAGCCUCUGCCUAAGCCAGGAUCCAACAGCAUGCCUGGUGCAGAAAGUGCUAGAAACCUGCCUUCAAGUGGCUCACUACCACCACGCUUACAUAUAGGCAACAACAGCAGAUCUCCUUCAAGAGGCACAGGUGAUGUAAGACCUCCGUUGCCAAUUCCCAGCAGACACACUGUUCACCAAAUAAAUAUGGAGGGCAAAGAGGACUCCCUAAAUGAUGAAUGGUACGUUGCUUACGUUAGCCGGACAGAAGCAGAAGCAGCUCUUCGAAAAAUAAACAAGGAUGGAACAUUCUUGGUAAGAGACAGUUCAAGAAAAACUGCUACUCAUCCAUAUGUACUAAUGGUGUUGUACAGAGAUAAAGUAUACAACAUCCAGAUUCGUUACCAGGAGCAAAACCACGUAUAUUUGUUAGGAACCGGCUUAAAAGGAAAAGAGGAUUUUUCUUCUGUAGCAGAUAUCAUUGAUUACUUCCAAAGAACACCUCUUCUUCUGAUCGAUGGAAAAGACAGAGGUUCAAGAAAUCAAUGCAUGUUAAAAUACGCUGCAGGACAUAUUUAAAUCAGACCUUAAAGAAGAUCACAUACAAUAUUGAAGCCUACUGAAGUUUGUAAACUUCAGGAUAUUUCUUUUUUCAGCAAACUAAAAUCAUGAAGUCGUCAAAAAUCUUUCUAAUUUUAAGGAAAAAGGACAAUGUUUUUUUUAAAUUAUGCCUUAUAUGCAGUACUCUAAAAUUUGAUUUUCCUACGUGUUUAUUACUGUCCACUAAGCAUACAGUACAGGAGAAUUUUUUCUUCCGAGAUAGCUGUACAUUCUUGAAAUUAUUUCCACAUGAAAUUAGAGGACCCAGAAAUAAAUACCAAUUUAUUUCUUUCAAGUAUCUACUUUCCAAGGAGGAAAAAAAAAGUAAGCCAUUUUUCACAUCUGAACUGCAGCAGCAGUUAUAUAAUUUAAAGUGAUACAGAAUAGACCCAAACCUUGUCAAAGAUGAGUAGCAGACAAAAGACAAUAAAAGCCAGAUUUUUUUUUCCCCACAAUAUACUUCCCAAUAACUCUAACUAUGGCCUCCUCUAUGAAAAGAUGAGGACUCCACCCUGGAUCCUAAAGACACUUAGGUUUCAGCAACACCGAAAAAAAGCCCCAGUGUUUUAUAUGUAGCAGCCUGUCAAGAUUUGGGUCUAUGUUAUUCAGCCAUGAAACUGUGUUCACAGUUUUCUAGAAAAAAAAAACCAACAUCCUGCAAACAUCAUGUUCUCUCUGUCAUACCACUGAUGGCAUGUCUUAGCCCACAAAUUGGAAUUCUGUAUCUCCUAACCUCACUCUUGGAAUUCUGUAUCUCCUAACCUCACUCCGAAACAAGCUCUUCCUCCUUAACAAAGAGCUCGAGCUGCUUUAGCUUUGUCCUUCUGACUCCAAAUUAAGCAACUACUUUUUUUAUAGGAGGCACAUCAACAAGAUUAUCAUCAUGCGAUUCUUAAUUGGCAGAACACACCCAAAUCUCUUAAAGCAGACAGAGACAAGCAGGCAAAGCUUAGUUCCUCUUAUACAACUGCCUUCUGUUUUUACUGUAUUUUUUAAAGAAAAACAUCAGAGUUCUCAGUUCUAAAAUACAUUGCAACAGAGGAUCACUGAAGCAUACUGUAUCAAGAGUUUUCCCCUCUCCUUUGUUAAUUGGGAUUUAUCAACUCUUUGCCUCGGUUUUCCAGUAACCUUUGAUUUCUGAUGAGACCUUGGUCUGAUAAUUAUGUUAGGCUGUGCCACACUUUUUCUCCUUUAAAGCCAUUUGUGUGUAUAUCACUUGAAACACUUAAACCAAAAUUCAAGGCAGAAAACUAUCUUCCGUGUAAUCUGUACAGCUUCUCAGAUAAAUUAACCAGAUUUCAUAAACAGUUUUACUUUAAAUAUAUGUUUUGUAAAUGUUAUCUUCCUUUCUAAUAUAUUUAGCUAGGUGCUGGAGUUUAAAGUUAGUGCAUUUCAUUUCCAUGCAACCAUGACUCAAAAAUAAAAAUAAAAAUAAAAUUAAAAAAAAGUUUUAAAAAUACUUCAGGAGACAAAACCUGUUUCUAGUCCAUUUUUUUUUUCAAAACUCACUACUAACCUUCUGAAAGUCAGUUAUAAUGCAUGUUUUUAAAAACAUGUUAAAACUAAGAAUACCAACCCUGAUAUUACCACUGAUUAUGUGAGCUGGAGGUUGUAAUUCUAUUCCAAUGCACUGCCUUGAAAUGUCUGACAACCCAGCCAUACCUUGCCUGGAAUUGUGUUAUAUUUGUUUUAAAUCAUCUCCUUAGAGAAAGAGAAACAAAAUAUAAACCAGCAUAACAAAUUAUAAUACUGCAUGGGGCUUUUUUCUGCAGAGUAAAUCUUGAUUUAAUUAUUCAGAUAAGCAUAUAUUGUAUGAAUAAAACCACACCUAAAUAUUCAAACAUGUCCAUAAGUAAAGUACGAUCGAGUGUUAAUUGCAAUGAACUACACAAAAAUACUGGCUACUCAAAUUUAGAGCCAAGAAGAUUUCAGGGCAGAGUAUUAGACCACUCUUUCUUUUGCAGCUAGGUGCUUUAGAAAGUUACCACCAAAACCAGAAUGAAAGUACUUUCAGUUUUCCAGAAGUAAUCCGCUCUUUGGCCCCCGUCCUCAGCAUCAUUUUUAGAAUGAGGAAGGCAGAUCAAAUGAGACAAGUUGCAGUUCCUCCUUUACUGACUGUUUCUUAACCCAUUUUCCACAGCACAACUGAGAUAAGAGAGCAAUGACUUGACUUGAAGUAAUUUAAAACCUUUUGUUACUGUUCCAAUACAUCUUUGUUUAAGGGAAGACAACCACAUGUGAAAAAUGUCAUGCCCAGUUUCCUGACCUUUCUAGCGAAUUAUAUCAGUCUUCCCAGCCCUACUGGGCUUAAUUUGGGAAAUCUGGGUUAAAAAAAAAAAGUUCUCAAAACCAGUAAACUAGCAUUUUUCCACUCCACAUUUUCAAUUUAAAACAAAAAUAGCCUAACUGAAGGAAACUGUACUAUUAUUUUACAGUUCAGACUGAAGCAGUAUUAAUAGAUGAUGCAUGAAGAUUGAUGUUAUUACUUAAUCUGUCAAACUCCAAUUUUUGUCUUCAGCUUCUCUUAAAUCUUUGGCUUUCUUAGGAUGGUUGAAAUUCAAAAUAAGGUCACAAAGCAGUAGCUGGCUUUCCACUGAAAGACAAAGGGCAGUGUAUCAUCAUGGGAUUUAUGGAAUAGUAGAUGCUAAGUGAAAGGCAAUUUAUACACAGCACUUUUUGAAGUGUUCACCUACCAACUCUGAAAAAUUUGGAGGGUUGCCUUGUUUUGUUUAUUUCAAGAUGGUUAAAUAAAGCUUGGUAUUAGCAUACUGGUAAUAUUUCUAUUAGGAGACUGUUGUUCCUGCAGAGGAAUGCCUUUGACUAUCUAACCGUUUUUUUCCAUGGCUGACUAACAUGUUUCAUUUCUACGUACCUACUGUUUCAUGAAUUUUUCAAAACAAAAAAAGCAACUGUAUUGUUUCGUUAAAUCAAAACCCAGCUGCAUGACAUAGAAAACCAAAUAAUUCACAACUGCACACUUUUUAAAAUGAUGCCUUAAACAGCUUCUUGUUUAACUGGAUGAUGAACUCAGAAGUACCAUUUAGUUUCCUCAGCUCAUUGGACAUUUUCUCAACAUUUUUAAUCGCAGCUUCGAGGUUAAACUGCUGAUCAGCAACAUCAUUUUUGAACACCUGUAUGAAACAGAAACAAACCAUAACUGGCAGUGUACAUAUGAUUCACAAACUCAUAAACUUAGCUAAUCAUAAUCUUUAUGAUUUUUUUCUUUGAUUUUCUAAAAUAAUAUUUUAACUAACACUUCCCCCGUUUUAUAAUUAUCCACUUUGAUAUAGCAAAUUGCAGAUACUGAAGGCAACUACUAAACACUCAGACUUUAUUUUUUGUUUUCUGUUCAUUUUCUUUUCUUACAAACAACUGCAAUGAAAUCAAUCAUAUCUAAGAUUUCUUCUCCUCACCAGCAUUUUUUCAUUUUUGCUUCCAACCUUACUUUUCCUAUAGAAUCUAAAUAAAAAUUAAUAAUCAAGCAAUAUUUAGUAAACCACAAGAUGGAGCUACUGUGACACUAACAUGAGUAAAAGAAAUUAAUGUCACUGUCAGCACUGAAUAUUAAUGAAUCUGUUAAUACCUGCCCAGGAACAUUUGUGUCGGUACAGGUAAUUAUCUUUUGGCUUAUUUUGGAGAUCAUAUUCCUUCCCUUUCACUUUUAACUAAAAAAAACCUAUAAAAAUCUGGCGACAAAUAAGACUAACUGUUUGAAAUUAAGUAUAAUUUGAAUUUUGAAUUUUAUACUACAAUCUUUUUGGGCAUGUUUUUUUCCUUAAGAAAAAUAUUAGAAGAAAUGGCACAUAUCAUGUUUCUGGCCUAGUUAUAAGCUCUCUAUCAUUCAAAAAUUCCAAAAAUAAUAUCUGGAAAAACUCUGGGUGAUAUUCAUAAAUAAUGCUCACUUUGUAGAACACCUUAGCACAUUGAGAAAUAAGAAAAAAAAACCCUGAACGUACAUUUAACAUAGAUUUUUUGUCCAAGUCUCCCUUCCCUUCACACAGUGGCUUUGCACUGAGGUCAUCAGUCAAUGCCAAAGAUCCUAAAAGGACAAACUCCAAAUUAUUGUGGAGUAACAUAUAUUUUAUAUAUAUAUCUUGCUCAAUCAAAUAUAUAAUAACAUUUGAUAAAUAUGAUAACUAGACUAUGUUGUCAUUAGUGCUAUUUGAAAAUAGAGUCUAAGGGGUCGAAUAGUUGUAAUUCUCCUUGAGGUAGAAUAAAAUCUUGAAUUUUACUUAUUUUACUUUCUUUUAGAGUCUGUUUCACAAAUGUUUUAGGCAUUUAAUUUAAUUUUAGGCAUAUAAUAUUAUUAUAAUAAUAUUAUAAUAAGGAUAUUUAUAACUGUGAUGAAGAAUUCGUCAAACAAAAUUCUACAUUUUUUUAGAUUAAAAACUUCAUAAAAAGUCAUUGCAAUCAGUUUCUAUCAUCAAUUUAUGCAAGGAGCAUGUAAAGCAGACACAAAAAAAGUCAAGUGUUGGAUGUCUGCUGGUCAGUCACAGAGCUGAAAUUAAAUACUUGAUGCCUGGG